CUAGCCCGCGGCCCCGGCCACAUCGACAUGGCGGCGGUGCCGCAGCAGGUCCUGGAGCGCACGGAAGCGAACAAGCUGCCUAAGUCCGUCCAGAACAAACUUGAAAAGUUCCUUGCCGACCAGCAAUCCGAGAUCGAUGGCCUGAAGGGGCGGCAUGAGAAAUUUAAGGUGGAGAGUGAACAACAAUACUUUGAGAUAGAGAAGAGGCUGUCCCACAGUCAGGAGAGGCUUGUGAAUGAAACCCGAGAGUGCCAAAGCUUGAGGCUUGAGCUCGAGAAGCUCAACAAUCAACUGAAGGCACUAACUGAGAAAAAUAAAGAACUUGAAGUUGCUCAGGAUCGCAAUAUUGCCAUUCAGAGCCAGUUUACAAGGACAAAAGAAGAAUUAGAAGCUGAGAAAAGAGACUUAGUUAGAACCAAUGAGAGACUAUCUCAAGAACUUGAAUAUUUAACAGAGGAUUUUAAACGUCUAAAUGAAAAGCUUAAAGAAAGCAAUGCCACAAAGGGUGAUCUUCAGUUAAAACUGGAUGAACUUCAAGCUUCUGAUGUUUCUUAUCGAGAAAAACGUUUGGAGCAAGAAAAGGAGUUAUUACAUAAUCAGAAUACAUGGCUGAAUACAGAGUUGAAAACUAAAACUGAUGAACUUCUGGCUCUUGGCAGAGAAAAAGGAAAUGAGAUUCUAGAGCUUAAAUGUAAUCUUGAAAACAAAAAAGAAGAGGUUUCCAGAAUGGAAGAACAGAUGAAUGGCUUGAAGAUGUCAAAUGAGAAUCUUCAAAAACAUGUAGAAGAGCUGUUGACCAAACUAAAAGAGGCCAAGGAACAGCAGGCCAGUAUGGAAGAGAAAUUCCACAAUGAAUUAAAUGCUCACAUAAAACUCUCUAAUCUAUACAAGAGUGCUGCUGAUGACUCCGAGGCAAAGAGCAAUGAACUGACCCGAGCAGUAGAUGAACUGCACAAACUUUUGAAAGAAGCUGGAGAAGCCAAUAAAGCAAUUCAAGAUCAUCUUCUCGAAGUGGAGGAAUCUAAAGAUCAAAUGGAAAAAGAAACGCUUGAGAAAAUAGGAAAGUUGGAGAAGGAAUUAGAGAAUGCAAAUGACCUGCUUUCUGCCACAAACAAAUACACUAGAUUCCUAUGUCUUGGCACAGGAGCCAUAUUAUCUGAAGAAGAACUUGCAGCCAUGUCUCCUACUGCAGCAGCUGUAGCUAAGAUAGUGAAGCCUGGCAUGAAAUUAACUGAGCUGUAUAAUGCUUAUGUGGAAACUCAAGAUCAGUUGCUUUUGGAGAAACUAGAGAAUAAAAGAAUUAAUAAAUAUCUAGAUGAAAUAGUGAAAGAAGUUGAAGCUAAAGCACCAAUUUUGAAACGCCAGCGUGAGGAGUAUGAACGUGCACAGAAAGCUGUGGCAAGUUUAUCUGUUAAGCUUGAACAAGCUAUGAAGGAGAUUCAACGAUUGCAGGAGGACACUGAUAAAGCCAACAAACAUUCAUCUGUGCUUGAAAGAGACAAUCAAAGAAUGGAAAUACAAAUAAAAGAUCUUUCACAACAGAUUAGAGUGCUUUUGAUGGAACUUGAGGAAGCAAGGGGUAAUCAUGUAAUUCGUGAUGAGGAAGUGAGCUCCGCUGAUAUAAGUAGUUCAUCUGAAGUAAUAUCACAGCAUCUAGUGUCUUAUAGAAAUAUUGAAGAACUUCAACAGCAAAAUCAACGUCUCUUAGUGGCCCUUAGGGAACUUGGGGAAACCAGAGAAAGAGAGGAACAAGAAACAACUUCAUCCAAAAUCACUGAGCUGCAGCUAAAACUUGAGAAUGCCCUCACUGAAUUAGAACAACUCCGGGAGUCACGACAACAUCAAAUGCAGCUUGUUGAUUCUAUAGUUCGUCAGCGUGAUAUGUACCGUAUUUUGUUGUCACAAACAACAGGAGUUGCCAUUCCUUUACAAGCUUCAAGUUUAGAUGAUAUUUCUCUUGCAUCAACUCCGAAACGUUCAAGUACAUCACAGACUGCUUCCACUCCUGCUCCGGUACCUGUAAUUGAGUCAGCAGAGGCUAUAGAAGCAAAGGCAGCUCUUAAACAGUUGCAGGAAAUUUUUGAGAAUUACAAAAAAGAAAAGGCAGAUAAUGAAAUACAAAAUGAGCAGCUUGAGAAACUUCAGGAUCAAAUUACAGAUUUGCGAUCACAAAACACCAAAAUAUCUACACAACUAGAUUUUGCUUCUAAACGCUAUGAAAUGUUACAAGAUAAUGUUGAAGGAUAUCGUCGAGAAAUAACAUCCCUACAUGAGAGAAAUCAGAAACUUACUGCAACAACUCAAAAGCAGGAACAGAUUAUCAAUACAAUGACGCAAGAUUUGAGAGGAGCAAAUGAAAAGCUGGCUGUUGCAGAAGUAAGAGCAGAAAACUUGAAAAAGGAAAAGGAGAUGCUUAAAUUGUCCGAAGUCCGCCUUUCUCAACAAAGAGAGUCUUUGUUAGCCGAACAAAGAGGGCAAAACUUGCUGCUGACUAAUCUGCAAACGAUUCAGGGAAUAUUAGAGCGAUCUGAAACGGAAACCAAACAAAGGCUUAGUGGCCAGAUAGAAAAACUGGAACAUGAGAUAUCUCAUUUAAAGAAGAAGUUGGAAAAUGAGGUGGAACAAAGGCAUACACUUACUAGAAAUCUAGAUGUUCAACUUUUGGAUACAAAAAGACAACUGGAUACUGAGACAAAUCUUCAUCAUAACACAAAAGAACUAUUAAAAAAUGCUCAAAAGGAAAUUGCUACAUUAAAACAGCACCUCAGUAAUAUGGAAGUUCAGCUUGCUUCUCAGUCCUCACAGAGAACUGGCAAAGGUCAGCCUAGCAACAAAGAAGAUGUGGAUGAUCUUCUGAGUCAGCUAAGGCAAGCAGAAGAGCAGGUGAAUGAUUUGAAGGAGAGACUCAAAACAAGUACUAGUAAUGUGGAACAGUAUCGAGCAAUGGUUACUAGUUUAGAAGAAUCUCUUAACAAGGAAAAACAGGUGACAGAAGAAGUACGUAAGAAUAUUGAAGUUCGUUUAAAAGAGUCAGCUGAGUUUCAGACACAGUUGGAAAAGAAGUUGAUGGAAGUAGAGAAGGAAAAACAGGAACUUCAGGAUGAUAAGAGAAAAGCCAUAGAAAGUAUGGAACAACAGUUAUCUGAGUUAAAGAAAACACUUAACAGCGUUCAGAAUGAAGUACAAGAAGCUCUUCAGAGAGCAAGCACAGCUUUGAGUAAUGAACAGCAAGCCAGACGUGACUGUCAGGAACAAGCUAAAAUAGCUGUGGAAGCUCAGAAUAAGUAUGAGAGAGAAUUGAUGCUCCAUGCUGCUGAUGUUGAAGCUCUACAAGCUGCCAAGGAACAGGUUUCCAAAAUGGCAUCAGUCCGUCAGCAUUUGGAAGAAACAACCCAGAAAGCAGAAUCACAGUUAUUGGAGUGCAAAGCAUCUUGGGAAGAAAGAGAGAGAAUGUUAAAGGAUGAAGUUUCCAAGUGUGUGUCUCGCUGUGAAGAUCUAGAGAAACAAAACCGAUUACUUCAUGAUCAGAUUGAAAAAUUAAGUGACAAGGUUGUUGCCUCUGUGAAGGAAGGUGUACAGGGUCCCUUAAAUGUCUCUCUAAGUGAAGAAGGAAAAUCUCAAGAACAAAUUUUAGAAAUUCUCAGAUUUAUACGACGAGAAAAAGAAAUUGCUGAAACCAGGUUUGAGGUGGCUCAGGUUGAGAGUCUGCGUUAUCGUCAAAGAGUUGAACUUUUAGAAAGAGAGCUGCAGGAACUGCAGGAUAGUCUCAAUGCUGAAAGAGAGAAAGUCCAGGUAACUGCAAAAACAAUGGCUCAGCAUGAAGAACUGAUGAAGAAAACCGAAACAAUGAAUGUAGUGAUGGAGACCAAUAAGAUGCUAAGAGAAGAAAAAGAGAGGCUAGAACAGGAUUUACAGCAGAUGCAAGCAAAGGUAAGGAAACUGGAGUUAGAUAUUUUACCCUUACAAGAAGCAAAUGCUGAGCUGAGUGAGAAAAGCGGUAUGUUGCAAGCAGAGAAGAAGUUACUAGAAGAAGAUGUCAAACGUUGGAAAGCACGUAACCAGCAUCUAGUAAGUCAACAGAAAGAUCCAGAUACAGAAGAAUAUCGGAAGCUCCUUUCUGAAAAGGAAGUUCAUACUAAGCGUAUUCAGCAGUUGACUGAAGAAAUUGGGAGACUUAAAGCGGAAAUUGCAAGAUCAAAUGCAUCUUUGACGAACAACCAGAACUUAAUCCAGAGUCUAAAGGAAGACUUAAAUAAAGUAAGAACUGAAAAGGAAACCAUCCAAAAGGACUUAGAUGCCAAAAUAAUUGACAUCCAGGAAAAAGUCAAAACUAUUACUCAAGUCAAGAAGAUUGGGCGUAGAUACAAGACUCAGUAUGAAGAACUUAAAGCACAACAGGAUAAGGCCAUGGAGACUUCGGCUCAAUCUUCUGGAGACCACCAGGAACAGCAUGUCUCAGUCCAGGAAAUGCAGGAGCUCAAAGAAACCCUCAAUCAAGCUGAAACAAAGUCAAAAUCACUGGAGAGUCAAGUAGAGAAUCUGCAGAAGACAUUAUCUGAAAAAGAGACAGAAGCAAGAAAUCUGCAGGAACAGACUGUGCAGCUUCAGUCUGAGCUUUCACGACUCCGCCAGGAUCUUCAAGAUAGAACCACACAAGAGGAGCAACUCCGACAGCAGAUAACUGAAAAGGAAGAAAAAACAAGAAAGGCCAUUGUAGCAGCAAAAUCAAAAAUUGCGCAUUUAGCUGGUGUAAAAGAUCAGCUAACUAAAGAAAAUGAGGAGCUUAAACAAAGGAAUGGAGCCUUAGAUCAGCAGAAAGAUGAAUUGGAUGUUCGAAUGACUGCUCUUAAGUCCCAGUAUGAAGGUCGAAUUAGUCGCUUGGAAAGAGAACUCCGGGAGCAUCAAGAGAGACACCUUGAGCAGAGAGAUGAGCCUCAAGAACCUACUACUAAGGUCCCAGAACAGCAGAGGCAGGAUCACAUUGAAACAACUCCAGCUUCUGGUGAAAGAGGAAUUGCCAGCACAUCAGACCCACCAACAGCCAAUAUCAAGCCAACUCCUGUUGUGUCUACUCCAAGUAAAGUGACAGCUGCAGCUAUGGCUGGGAAUAAGUCAACACCCAGGGCUAGUAUCCGCCCAAUGGUCACACCUGCAACUGUUACAAAUCCUACUACAACCCCAACAGCUACAGUGAUGCCCACUACACAAGUGGAAUCACAGGAAGCGAUGCAGUCAGAAGGGCCUGUGGAACAUGUUCCAGUGUUUGGAAGUGCAAGUGGUUCUGUUCGUUCUACUAGUCCUAAUGUCCAGCCUUCGAUCCCUCAACCCAUUUUAACCGUUCAGCAACAAACGCAGGCUACAGCUUUUGUGCAACCCACCCAGCAGAGUCAUCCUCAGAUAGAGCCUGCAAAUCAAGAGCUGUCCCCCAACAUAGUAGAAGUUGUACAGAGUUCGCCAGUUGAGCGGCCUUCUACUUCCACAGCAGUAUUUGGCACUGUUUCGGCUACCCCAAGUUCUUCUUUGCCUAAACGGACACGUGAAGAGGAAGAGGAUAGCACCAUAGAAGCAUCAGACCAAGUCUCUGAUGAUACCGUGGAAAUGCCUCUUCCAAAGAAGUUGAAAAGUGUUACCCCUGUAGGAACUGAGGAAGAAGUGAUGGCAGAAGAAAGUACUGAUGGAGAGGUAGAGACUCAAGUAUACAACCAAGAUUCUCAAGAUUCCAUUGGAGAAGGAGUUACCCAGGGAGAUUAUACUCCGAUGGAAGACAGUGAAGAAACCUCUCAGUCUCUACAAAUAGACCUUGGACCCCUUCAGUCAGAUCAGCAAACAACAACUUCAUCCCAAGAUGGUCAAGGCAAAGGAGAUGAUGUCAUUGUAAUUGACAGUGAUGAUGAAGAAGAGGAUGAUGAUGAAAAUGAUGGAGAGCAUGAGGAUUAUGAAGAAGAUGAGGAAGAUGAGGAUGAUGAUGAGGAUGACACAGGGAUGGGAGAUGAGGGUGAAGAUAGUAACGAAGGCACUGGUAGCGCAGAUGGCAAUGAUGGAUAUGAAGCUGAUGAUGCUGAGGGUGGUGAUGGAACUGAUCCAGGUACAGAAACAGAAGAAAGUAUGGGUGGAGGUGAAAGUAAUCAGAGAGCUGCUGAUUCUCAGAACAGUGGUGAAGGCAGUGCAGGUACUGCGGAGCCAUCUUUUUCCCAGGACAUUUCUAGAGAACAACAGCCAUCAUCAGCAUCUGAAAGACAGACUCCUCGAGCACCUCAGUCUCCGAGACGCCCUCCACACCCUCUGCCCCCACGCCUGACCAUUCAUGCUCCACCUCAAGAAUUGGGACCACCAGUUCAGAGAAUUCAGAUGACUCGGAGGCAGUCUGUAGGACGUGGGCUUCAGCUGACUCCGGGAAUAGGUGGCAUGCAGCAGCACUUUUUUGAUGAUGAGGACAGAACAGUUCCCAGUACUCCAACUCUUGUGGUACCACAUCGCACUGAUGGAUUUGCUGAAGCAAUUCACUCCCCACAGGUUGCUGGUGUUCCUAGAUUCCGGUUUGGGCCACCUGAAGAUAUGCCACAGACAAGUUCAAGUCACUCUGAUCUUGGCCAGCUUGCUUCUCAAGGAGGUUUAGGAAUGUAUGAAACACCCCUCUUCCUAGCUCAUGAAGAAGAGUCAGGUGGCCGAAGUGUUCCCACCACACCUCUACAAGUGGCAGCCCCUGUGACCGUAUUUACUGAGAGUACCACCUCUGAUGCUUCAGAGCACGCCUCUCAGUCGGUUCCAAUGGUGACAACGUCCACUGGCACUUUAUCCACAACAAAUGAAACAGCAACAGGUGAUGAUGGAGAUGAAGUAUUUGUGGAGGCAGAAUCUGAAGGUAUUAGUUCAGAAGCAGGCCUAGAAAUUGAUAGCCAGCAGGAAGAAGAACCUGUUCAGGCAUCUGAUGAGUCAGAUCUUCCUUCCACCAGUCAGGAUCCUCCUUCCAGUUCUUCUGUAGAUACUAGCAGUAGUCAACCAAAGCCUUUCAGACGAGUAAGACUUCAGACAACAUUGAGACAAGGUGUCCGUGGUCGUCAGUUUAACAGACAGAGAGGUGUGAGCCAUGCAAUGGGAGGGAGAGGAGGAAUAAAUAGAGGAAAUAUUAAUUAAAUAUCCUGUAAACUGUAAUAAUUGUGAAUAAGAUUGUCCAAGCCUGUUUUAGUGUAAUGGUUGUCAAGAUUAAAAACCUUUUUGUAUUUAAAUCGGUAUGCUUCUCUCAACAUUCUUUAUUAAUAAAAUGUGUUUCAGUGU